AAACGGGAAAUUUUAAUGUAGGAACAGAGAAAGAAAACCUGGAACGACGUUAGCUGGAGUCGUUCAGAAUUUAAUAGUCGGGAUUCCUUUAGUCGUGCAGCUUGCUGAGCGCUUCUCUCAAACUGCCGUGUUUCAUUUGAACUAAGUCGUCAUGGCCGUUGCCGUGCAUGGCGGCGGUGUGUAGCUUAGCUAGCCCGUGUACCUCGGCUAGCCGGCUAGUUAGCCACCGCAGCUAGCAGUAACUUAAAUAGACAUUUUUUUUGUCCGCUGUUUGUUUUUUAGUGGCAUGACAGCAGCGCUACGGACUUGAAACGCAGUAAGGACAAGCUAGCCACAUUCUCAGACCAUUUUUAUUUUAUUCCUGUUCAACAUGCGGCGGCUGCCCGUCGCCGUGGAGGUGCGGUACAGGAAGGAGGCAGAGCUGAUGCGCUGAGUGGCAUCGGCUCGCGGACGACAUCGCGACUUCCCGGGUUGCCGUGAGUCAGCGGAUGAUGCUGGACUGCGCUCCUAGAGCGGAGGACGGGGACUGCAGCUGGGACUCCCCGCGGACUGGGGCUCGCUUCGCCUGCCAAUGCCUGUGAUCCCCAUUCCCCGAAGGGUGCGUUCCUUCCAUGGCCCCCACACCACCUGCAUGCACUCGGCCUGCGGGCCCGUGCGCGCGGCCCAGCUCGUGCGCACCAAAUACAACAACUUUGACCUGUACCUGAAGUCGCGCUGGAUGUACGGCUUCAUCCGCUUCCUGCUGUAUUUCGGGUGCAGCCUUUUCACCUCGCUCCUGUGGGUGGCCCUGUCCGCCCUCUUCUGCUUACAGUACAUCAGUGUGAGGGUCUUCCUGCGCUUCCAGUACAAGCUGUCUGUCAUACUCCUGCUGCUGGGCCACCGACGCCUGGACUUCAGUCUCCUCAAUGAGCUCUUCAUCUACAGCAUACAUGUCACCAUGUUUCUAGUUGGGGGGCUCGGCUGGUGCUUCAUGGUCUUCGUGGACAUGUAGAACACGGGAGAGAGAGAGAGAGAGAGAGAGAGAGAAAGAGAGAUGCUCCGCAAACCACCCGCAUUUUUGAAUCCUUAGCUGUUCCGUCCGUGUUCUCAGCACUGGCUUUCUUUGUCCAUCCAAUUUUGAAGCAAGAGCAGGAC